UGUGUGUGUGUGUGUGUGUUAUCGGGUCUGUCCGCAGUGUGAGGUGAUCAGUAGAGGAAGUGAUCAGCCAUGAGUGAGUGUUUCUCUCUGACGGACUGCGAUGUGAUCGGAUUCGACCUGGAUCACACACUGUGCAGGUACCACCUGAAGGAGACCUGCAUGCUAAUAUACGAGAGUUUUGCUCGAUAUCUGGUGGAGCAUAAAGGCUACGAUAAAGAUCUGCUGAAUGUGACUCCAGAAACCUGGGACUUCUGUUUUAAAGGCCUGGUGGUGGAUCUAGAGGAGGGAAACCUGCUGAAACUUGCUGAGGAUGGAACAGUGUUACGGGCGUCUCAUGGAACACGGAACCUGAGCACGGAGGAGAUCGUCCAUUACUACGGCCCGAAAAGAGAAUGGAAAUAUUUUAACAACCUCAAUACCACAUUUACACGAUCUGCAAAAUUCUACUUUUACGAUAACUACUUUGACCUGCCUGGAGCGCUGCUGUGUGCUCGGGUGGUGGACCUGCUGAACAAGGAAGGAAAGGAAGUGACACCAGACUUUUGGAAGGACAUGGUGGCCGCCAUCGAUCACAACUAUAAUACAUCUGCUUUCAGAGAGGACUCUGGAUGGUACUUCCCGAGUGUGAAGCGUGAUCCUGAGCGAUAUCUACAGACGUGUCCUGAAUCAGUGUGUCAGUGGCUGAGGAACCUAAAAGAGAGCGGGAAAGUUCUGCUGCUUAUCACCAGCUCACACUCUGACUACUGCAGACUAGUGUGUGAACACAUCCUAGGGAAGGAUUUUGAGGACCUUUUUGAUGUUAUCAUCACCAAUGCACUGAAGCCAGGUUUCUUCUCUCUAAUUCCACACCAGAGACCCUUCAGGACCCUCGUGAGUGAUGUGGAGAGUGGGACAGGCCUGCCUUCUUUGGAAAAGUGUGGUUGGUUCUCACAGGGAAACUGGCUACACCUACAUGACCUGCUCAAAUCCCUGACCAGCAAACAGCAGCCCAAGGUGGUGUAUUUUGGGGACAGUAUGCGCUCUGACAUGUUUCCAGUGGUCACUUUUGCAAACUGGGAGACUGUAUUGAUCCUGGAGGAGAUGGAGGCGGAGGGUAUGGCCACAGAGAAAGACGAGAGCUCUGCCUCCAACCAGAACUCCGCCCACAAUCAGGGUCCUGCAGAGAAAAGGGGAAAGUUUGAUGAGUGUAUGAAGGCCCCCUCAGCUGUUUCUGAGCAGUGGGGCUCGUAUUUCAUGGACGUACAGCUGGAUGAAGCUGGACAGGAGCGCCACAUGCUGACCUGGUGCUGCAGCUCCAUCCACAAAUACAGCAGUGUGGCUAUACCCAGUGUGGAAAGUAUAGCAGGUCUUCCUCUAAAUUUCCAGUUUAAGCGGUUCUCCCAGACUCAACCUUGCACGUCUGGCUAUUACCCAUCAGCCCCAGGCUCCUUACUGAAGAGGGAGGAGUCCUGAGCUAUCCAGUGGUGUGUGUGUGUGUGUGUGUGUGUAUGUAGUGUCAAGGUUGGGUGUAACUGUAAAAUUGUCAUUUUUCAUUUACAGUGCCAGUAUAUCACCACACUGUAGACACACAGAGAGUGUGUGUGUGUGUGUGUGUGUUUGAAUUAUCCUGCAAAAAAGUGUGAAAACCGAUUAGGUGUUAUAUUGUCAAAAGUGUUUUGUUAAGGUGUCAGUGUUUAUUUUGUAACUGAAGCAGUUAUAUAUGUGUGUGUGUGUGUGUGUGUGUGUGCAUAAAGAUGAACAUUAAAAGUUGUGAAUUGUUCCCUCCUUGCCAUUCUGUGAUUGUUAGCGAUGUGUGUUCGUUUGUUCAGACGUCUUUGUACGUUACAGGUGAAUAAAGACGUCUCGGACACGUGUGUGUGUGUGUGUGAUCAUUACUCUGUGUGUGUGUGUUCUUGAGUUUCUCUCCAGCUGAACCUUACCUCCAGGUGUGUGAGGGCUGAGAGAAGA